ACUGCCUCGUAAGACUUGGAAAACGUCGUAAGGUCCUCGUAAGCCUUGUACAAGACUUUUCCCGUUGCUGUCGUACAUGCGACAACUGUAGAUUUUGGUAAAUACAGGGCUCGCUGCACGCCGAUAUCGCGCCUGUGCCGCCUCAGCAGGAGCGGCGACGCCAACAUGCAUGCCCAGUCUCCUUCAUUGCAGUCGUUCCUUCUGUUGUCUCUUUUUGUGUUCGAUGUAGCCGCUACGCCAAUUGUGAGGAGCCAGGAUGCAAAAGCUGGGAAUGCGAACCACAUCUUCAAUGCGAUACACUCGUCAAUGCGCCAGUGGGGGUCGUCGCUCAACCACAAUGGCAUGUCCUUUUUCAUGGCUACUGUGCCUGCGGACACGCAAUUGUACCAUGGCAGUUCCAGCGAGGAUGUGGUGAAGGGCAUGGAGUGGCUGGCCUUUGAGCCGGAGCAUGCGCUUGUCUUCGCGAGGUCGAGAGGUCCUGGGGGAAGCCGACCGGGCCAUGGGCCUGAAAAUGGGGAGGAGAAAGAGUGGGAGGAACUGCAACGCCAGGGAGAGCAUGGGCACGAGGAGGAUUGCGAUAUGGGGCCUGAUCCGUGGUCAAGACAAGGCCACGCGCAUAUGCCUCCACCGCCUGAUAUGCAUCACCCUCCACAUCUGCCGCCUGGACGUUUUCAUGGUCCGCCAGAUGAAGAUACCUUACUGCCACCACAUCCACCGCCACCUUCGCAUCGCGAUUCGCACCCACCGCCACCUCCACCUCCCCAUCACAACAGUCCACCAGACGCUCCCCCCCACCGUAACCCUCCACCGGGUCCUUCUCCCUCCCACGACGACGACGAACUCCAGCGGCUCUUCUCCGAAAACCCACCCCAACCACUUCCCAGCACCGGCAAAGGCUACCUCCACACCUACAUCCCCACACGUGCCCUCCGCCUCCUCUAUGUCGACGGUCUCUCCGCCGGCAAAACCUCCAACGGCACUCUCGACUCGCAGGACAUCCUCCUCCUCAAUAAGACCGUCCCACAAAACUCCCCCAUGGGCGGCGAGCUCCUGCGCGCUGACGGCUUGUGCAACCUCGCAUCCACACUGUGGGAGGGCAAGAUCGACGGCAUUCUGCGCAUGGAGGCCGGGUUCGAAAUCAUCUUGUGCGAUUUUGCGAGCACGGUGGUGCGGAAGAGCAUCGUGACGUAUGAUGGGCAGAAGGAUGACCGGCCCGAUGGGCCGCCCGGCGUGGGGAGGGGGAAGAGAGGAACCUUUGGUGGAUGGCGGUACAUCCAGGCUGUUAGCGAACGGUACCAUGGGAUCGGUGGUGGGAGGGUGACGCUGGAUUACGACAACUUUGUGAGUGUGUUUGCGUAUGAUGGGGAGGAUGCGGCGGGGCUGGGACUUUGGGAUAACGACGUUGUGAGCGAUACGCCGCAUCCGAGACUAGGUAAUGCGUCGCCGGAGCAGUUGGGAGAGAUAAGGAACGCGGUCACCGCGAUGGUUCUCGGGAGCGGUGAGAUAGGAGAGGGAAGAGACUGGCAGGCUGUCGCGGACAUGGUUGUCCAGCGCUACGGUGAAGCGAUUCAUUAUCUGCACACCGAUACGUCGGUCCGUCGCAGCAAGGAGGCUUUCGCGAAGUACCUCUCUGCGCUCCUUCGGCCCUUCGUCUCGCCCUCCGCGCGCAAUGCUACUCUCGAGACCGAGCGUUGCGUCGCGCAGGUCAUACCGCCAUUCCCACUCCCACCGAGCAGCUCGCCUUCGCUUGCUCACACGACCUUACACGUCGUCACCACCCACAUCUGCGGCACGCUUCUCAACGCGCUUGAUGCGUCGACCCUGACGCUCUCGCGGUCAUUGGCAGCUACAUCUAGCCCGCCCUAUCACGCACUCGACCUCGUCGACGGCUUGGUGGGUUACCUACAGUGGACAGCGUGGAAAGAGUGUGGGCCGUGUGCUGAUCAGGAAGUCUGCUUCGUCCCAAUCUGGCCGAUGGGUAGCUUGGAGAACCACAAGAAACCGCAAUGUGUGACUGAAGACGGCGUGGGUGAGGGCUAUUGGGGGCACAUGGGACCGCCGCCGGAAGGACACCGCCCUGGAGGAGAGCGUCCGGGACACGCACGAGUGGGACCUGAAGGUCCAAAGUUGGAGAAGCAUCAAGGCAUGGACGGACGGGGUCGCCCUUCUUCAGCGCAUGGCCGCUGGGAGCAUGGUAGGGAGGGAAAGAGGCCCCAACACGGUGGUCGAAGGAAGAGUGGACAUUGUGCUCCGCCGAGGCAUGGUGCUCCUCCCAAACACGUUCACAGCCCUGGACACGGUGGGUGGGACCGGGGAAUCUGGAGUCAACUCCGGAGUGGUCUCAUGCAGGUUAUGGCGUGGUUCGGCCCAAGCCCUGUAGCACACGAGGUUGGAGUGAAGGUGAAUUUUGUAGAUACCCGGUAAAGGUGACGUUGGUGUGCAGACGGCAGAUGCAAGCGGCAGCUAUUUCUUUACCAGCUUCUGCCAACUUACAGCCAAUGCAUAUUGUUUAAUGUGGGAUGCUUAGAUAGUCUUUUCAUUU